UAUGCCACGGCUCACUGGUGCGCGACUUCAAUUUGCGUCGUGCAGAUCCUGGAGUAGUAACUUUCUUAGUCUAAAUUUGUGCGGAAAACUUCGCCAUUCUUUUCCCUAAUGUAUCUUGGACUGCAGUCAAGUUAGAGGUGUCUGUUAGAUCGGCUCAGGUGCAGACCGCAGGGCUCAGGCUCAGGCUCCACCCCAACCAGCUCUGAGUCAGUCCGGACUGUCAGGAGGAAACGAACAGGAAGACGCUUAUACUCGUCUCCCCGCUGUCAAACAGGGGUUAAAAAGUUAACUGAACUUUUCGUAAACAUGGGAACACAACUAGGAGCACACCGUCGACCCUAGUCACCCACAACACAAACUCGUCGUCCGUGCUGCGGUCGCCGAGGCAACUCGUGGAAGUGGAAAGAUAGGAGUUAUUUUUGUUUUUGUUUCUCGUACCUAACGUUACGGUAGCCGACGAGCUAGCUCAGCUAAAGCUAACGUUAGCUCGGCUAGUGUCGCAAAUGUUUUGGGCUUAAAAUUCACUUUGUUAACACCUCGGCUUCGGUUACAAGUGCGAAAUAGAAACGCCAAGUCCGAAUUUGUGUUUUAUCGACGCAGCAGGUUGUGUUUGUACUUUUCAUCCAGAGGACUUGGGGCCGUGCUUUGAAUUUCCCUCCCUCAGUGAUACAGACGGGAGGCUUAGCGAAGGGGCUCGUUCGGAGUGGCUGUAGCUGGCUUUCCUCCAAAUCAUUAGCAACACCGUGCUCAUCGCGGCUAGUUAGUUAGCCAGCAACUAGCCUAGGCCCCAGGGGAAUUACCACGUAGGGUUUUCUAAAGUUAAAACUCUUUAACUUUGUGCCAAGAGCGACCGGAGAUUACUUCUACACGUGUUUAUCUUGACACCCAAUUCAAGGAAGCGGAUUAAUUUAUAAAUAUGGAUCAAAACCAGGGGAAUUCAGCCUCAGCUGCUGGUUCCAAGGAGAAGAAGAAAUCAAAGAAGAACUACGAGGAUGGAGAUGGCAAAAAGAAAUUUAAACUCAAACGCCUGAUUCCUGAUGAGCUGGAACGUUUCACCAGCAUGAGGAUGAAAAAGGACAAGGAGAAGCCUGGCCAAAUACCAGGCCAGCGUCACUCUUCAGCUGCCAACUAUGAGAUCAAUGCUCAGAGUGCCAUGCUGAAUGAUCACUCCGACGAAUACGUGCUGGAGCUCUUCGAGCAGAUGCUGGUGGAUAUGAACCUGAAUGAAGAAAAGCAGCAGCCUCUGAGACAGAAAGACAUCAUGAUCAAACGAGAGAUGGUCUCCCAGUACCUGCACACAUCUAAAGCUGGCCAAAACCAGAAGGAGAGCUCCAAAUCAGCCAUGAUGUACAUUCAGGAGUUGAAGUCAGACUACAGAGACACACCGCUGCUGAACUGUCUGGAAUCUCUACGAGUCUCACUCAAUAACAACCCUGUCAGCUGGGUCCAGAAUUUUGGCAACGAGGGGCUGGCUCUGCUUCUAAAUCUGCUCAAAAGACUACAGGAGGAUAAAGACGAGCUCCCAAUAAACGGAGUGAAAUGUCAACACGAGAUCAUUCGCUGUCUAAAAGCCUUUAUGAAUAACAAGUAUGGUCUUAAAUCCAUGCUGGAGUCAGACGAGGGAAUCCCUCUGCUGGUCAAAGCCAUCAACCCUCGUGUGCCUCACAUGAUGGUGGAUGCUGUCAAGCUGCUCUCUGCCAUCUCCAUUUUGGAACAUUCCGACAACCUUCAUGAGCGUGUUUUGGAGGCCAUUACAGAAGAGGCUGAGAGACGGGAAAUUGAGAGGUUUCAGCCUCUCCUUGCUGGACUGAACAAUCCCAACAUAGCGCUGAAGGGUGGCUGCAUGCAGCUGAUCAACGCCUUGAUCAGCAGGGGAGAAGAGUUGGACUUCAGAAUCCAUAUUCGCUCCGAACUGCUAAGACUGGGACUUAAAGAGCUGCUUAGGGAGGUGCGGACGAUAGAAAAUGAAGAGCUGAGGGUGCAACUCACGGUGUUUGAUGAGCAGGCUGAAGAUGACUCUGAGGACCUCAAAGCACGUCUUGAUGACAUCCGCACCGAAAUGGAUGAUGUGAAGGAAGUGUUUGAUAUCUUAGUCAACACUGUCAAGGACUCCAAGGCCGAAACCCACUUCCUGUCCCUGAUGCAACACCUGCUACUGAUCCGUACGGAUUACUGGGCCAGGCCUCAGUACUACAAGUUGAUAGAUGAGUGUAUCAGUCAGAUCAUACUUCACAGAAAUGGGGCGGAUCCUGACUUCAAGUGUCGUCACCUACAGCUGAACAUUGAAGAGUUGAUAAACAAUAUGGUGGACCAGAACAAGGUGGAAGCCAGCGAGGCCAAAGCCAGUGAGCUGGGGAAAAAGCUGGAUGCAGAGCUGACGGCACGCCACGAGUUGCAGGUGGAGAUGAAGAAACUGGAGGGUGACUACGAACAGAAGCUGCAGGACUUGAGCCAAGAAAAGGAACAGCUGGCUUCUUCCAAGCAGGAGCGAGAAAAGGAGAACGAGGGGCUACAGCAGCAGCUGAGCGGUUUGGAAAAACAGAUUGAAAAGCUGUCCAAGGAUUUGGAAGAGGCCAAAACUAAAGUUGUCACAAUUACCGUCCCUGUGCCGACACCUGGUGUACCCCCUCCACCUCCGGCACCUCCCCUACCUGGCCAAAGUGCAGGUGUACCUCCACCUCCACCUCCCCCUCCGCCCCUACCAGGCCAUGCUCACAUACCCCCACCACCUGCUCCUCCUCUACCAGGUCACUGCUGUUUGGUUCCAGGACCUCCUCCACCACCUCCCCUUCCUGGCAUGCCGGGACCCCCGCCACCCCCACCUCUCCCCGGCAUGCCAGGACCCCCGCCACCCCCACCUCUCCCUGGCAUGCCGGGACCCCCGCCACCCCCACCUCUCCCCGGCAUGGGAGGACCCCCGCCACCCCCACCUCUCCCUGGCAUGGGAGGACCCCCACCACCCCCGCCUCUCCCUGGCAUGGGAGGACCGCCGCCUCCUCCUCCGCCACCGGGGAUGGGCAUGCCACCACCUCCACCGUUCGGCAUGGGAGGCUGGGGUGCCCCUGCACCACCUUCACUACCAUUUGGGCUCCAGCCUAAAAAGGAGUACAAGCCUGAGGUCCAGCUGAAGAGGGCCAACUGGCGUAAGAUUGGACCCGAGGACCUCUCGGAGAAGAGUUUCUGGACCAGUGCAAAAGAGGACCAAUUUGAAAACAAGGAACUCUUUGCCAAGCUCACUCUGACAUUCUCCUCGCAGACCAAGUCCACUAAAGCUAAAAAGGAGCAGGAUGGUGGAGAUGAAAAACAGGUUCAGAAGAAGAAGGUGAAAGAGGUGAAGAUUCUUGAUCCCAAGUGUUCCCAGAACCUCUCCAUUUUCCUGGGGUCGUUCCGUGUCCCUUAUGAAGAGAUCAAGAAUGCCAUCCUGCAGGUCAAUGAGAAGAUCCUCACAGAGUCCAUGGUUCAGAAUCUGAUCAAACAACUCCCUGACGAAAGUCAGCUGACCGCCCUGGCAGAGAUGAAGGAUGAAUACGAUGACCUGGCUGAGUCUGAACAGUUUGGAGUAGUGAUGUCCACUGUAAAGAAACUUCAGCCACGACUUCAGGCCAUCCUCUUCAAGCUGCAGUUCGAGGAACAGCUGAACAACAUCAAGCCAGAUGUGGUGUCUGUGACGGCAGCCUGCGAGGAGCUGAGGAAGAGCGAGACCUUCUCCAAGCUGCUGCAGAUCAUCCUGCUUGUUGGAAAUUACAUGAAUUCUGGCUCCCGCAAUGGAAAUGCAUUCGGCUUCUCAAUAUCAUACCUGUGCAAGCUGCGUGACACCAAAUCAGCCGAUCUGAAGCAGACACUGCUCCACUUCCUUGCUGAUGUGUGCCAGGAGCAGUACCCCGAGGUCAUGGGCUUUGCUGAUGAGCUGAUUCACGUCGAGAAGGCCAGCAGAGUUUCUGCAGAGAUGAUUCAAAAGAACCUGGAGCUGAUGGGCCGUCAGAUCAAGAGCUUGGAGAAAGACGUGGAGACCUUCCCUCCUGCACAAAAUGACAAGGACCUGUUUGUGGAGAAGAUGUCAAGUUUUGUCAGCAUUGCUCAUGAACAGUAUGAGAAGCUGGAUCUGAUGCACAAGAACAUGGAGAAGCAAUACAGUGACCUGGGGGAAUAUUUUGUCUUCGACCCGAAGAAAAUAUCCGUAGAGGAGUUCUUUGGGGACCUGAACACCUUUAAAAACAUGUUCCAGCAAGCAGUAAAGGAGAAUCAGAGGAGGAAGGAGGCUGAAGAGAAACAAAAGAGAGCUAAGCUGGCGAGGGAAAAGGCAGAAAAGGAGAAGGAGGAGAAACUCAAGAGGAGCCAGCUCCUUGACAUCAACGCAGAGGGUGAUGAGACUGGCAUCAUGGACGGCCUGUUGGAGGCACUGCAGUCCGGUGCUGCUUUCAGGAGAAAGAGAGGACCACGCCAAGCAGCCAACCACAGACGAGCUGGUCAUGCAGUGACCAAUAUCCUGGCCAAAGAGCUGAUGCAGGAGGACGCGCCCUCAUCCAGUAAAGUGGUCAAAAAGAAAGCAAAGAUAGACGAGGAGCCAAAACUAGAAGGAGCAGAAUCUUUAGAGGAGUUGCUGGAGACCGCGGCCUCUCGGUCUAAUUAGGCUCUUAAGUCACAGAGUCCGUCAUAUCUAAACACAGAUCUUUCAUUCUUAGACAUUCCAGGGGCCAUUAUCAAUUUUAGUUUACUGAUUAAAGGCCUGUAUUUUCCGAUUCUUGUCUUAAAAGUUCUUACUGGAGACACACGUCUUUUAUGAUUUAUUGUGUCUUCUGGGAUGACGGGGAGCAGCAGAGCGUGAGGGCGGGGCUUUCAUCUCAAUCUCAACCCCUGGAUUCCCUCACCAACCUUUGGAGCUUUGCCAAUGUCUUAAAGAUUGAAUUGCUUUCAGCAUGUGCACAUAUAUGUUGUCUGUUUUUCUUCGUUUCAUUGUCACUUGAUUCACCAGUCACUCAUCAAAUCUUGAGCUAUUCCAAAGACUUGACUCAGGAGGGCAUCCAUUUAUUUUCUUUGUUGUUGAUCCCAAACUUAGACUGGGAAUGUCUGGAAUUUGGAUCAGGAAGUUUUCUCUGGAUCUUCCAGCCAAGACAACUUUACACCUUUUUUUUUAGACACAUAAAACAUAUAUCUUUGUAAUUGUUUGAUAUACUGUAUCUUACUAAAUUGUUGCUGUAUUAUUGAAAAGAAAAGUGCCAACUAGUAGAAACCCAGUCUUGUCAUUUCACUUCUAGGUCUGGUCCAAACACAGUUUACACUGGACAGGCAUGUGAACCAGUCCCUCACAUUUAUCUUUGACACUUACCACCUGGGUGUGUUUUGUUUUUGUUUUUUACUGAGAAACGAUUUUGCUCACUGGUGUGCAUGCACGAGUUAAAUUUAAUGUAAAAAAAAGAGGGAUCAUUCGCAUUAAAUUAUGUUACCACAUGUGCAGACAACAGUCAUAUGAAGAAAAUAUGCUUUUAUCCACGACCAUGAGAGCGACGAUGGGAUGAGAGGUCUCCUUCCACAGAGUCAAACCAAAAACCUUUAUGUUUAAACUGGUGUCUCCAUAUAAACCUAGGUUAAGCAGUUUACAUGCCUGUAUGUUUUCUUUUUUUCUUUUUUUUUUUUGUAUGAGAGAGUGUGUGUGAUGCCGCCUAUAUUUAGUUUUCUGUGCACAAUCAUCCUCCUGUGUGCAUGUAGGUUUGAGUGUGUAUGGGUACUGUCAUCUGUAAUUACUGUACGGUACAGACCAUACUGUCACAAAUGUUAGGUUUCUUCAACAGCUUUGUGGCUUUUCUGCUGAGGAUAUAGCACACUGGAAAGCUGCCCAAAAACUGCUGAGACAAGUAUGUGUGUUUCAGUGUCUUUCCCUCCCACUGAACUGCAACGGUAGCUUCUGAAUGUCUGGCCUUGCUUCCAUUUGCAUUCUGUAGCCAUCAGCAUGCAAGUUGCCAUGAUGCUGUGGCGUUCAUGAUGUAUCUGACAGGAAUCCUGCCUGCAAGGUGAUGUCAGCUGCUCCACAAAAUAUUUAUUCCUAUGCAAACUCAUCACUGUAGCGUGUACACCUUGAUAUUGAGUCAGUCUCAGGAUGUAAAAAAAAAAAAAUGCUCAGUGGACGUUAUCAACCUGCUGGGUAAAGAUCAGUGCUUCAGUGACUGAGAAAUAUCCUCCAAAGCGUCUGCAUUUUAAUCGCUGCCUUCAGCACUGAUACGGUGUCUUCCAGAAACAUGAAUGUUCUAGGCAUAAAUGGCACUUAAAUACCAUAAACUGCAAUAAGGGUUAGCACAGGAGCUGUAGGAUCUCGUGCUCCAUUUUUUAAUCUUGUAACACUGAGAACGGUUAGGUGCAACGCCCUAUAAAACCACUUGCACAAAAAUUUGCUGUAGCUGUAUUUAAAACCAUAGAGACGGUUGCCGUUUUAUUCCUGCUAUCUUCUGCUCAUUUCUUCAGCUGGACAAGCGCCAUGUGAUUGUGUGUACCAGAUACUGGAAAGUAACUGCUAAAGGAGAGGAAGCUUGCUGAUGAAAAAAGAUAUCAAAAACAUCACUGGAAUAUUUGUCCUAAUUUGAGUUCUUCUGUUAAUUCAUUGUUUUGUUUUGUUUUUCCCCCUUUUUUUAAACAGAUAAUUUUGUAUGUGAUUUUUUUUUUAUGAUUAUUUUAAUGUAUUUCAGUGGAGGCAAGAUUUCUCUUUUGUUUUGUUGUUUGUUUGUUUUUCUCCCAGAGAUUGCUUCAUGGCUACCGAGUAAUGCAUGCGGUCAAUCUGUUUGUUACACCGAACUAUUAAAAAUGUCUUAAGUAAUUUA